AUGCCUCAUGGUGGCAAGGCCUCCCAGGCGGACAAGCACAAGCGUGCGCACCGCGUGCAGCAGGCUUCGUUGAAACGGAAGCCCGCUUGCGCGACUCUCCAUUCUAAGAAGUUGUCUGGCAUUCGCAGGGUGUCGUUGACGAAGGGGAGCCGCAUCAGCAAGAAGUCGAUGAUGAAGAAGGGUAGGGCGGCAACUAAAAAAGAGGCUCCUGGUCCAUCCUACAUUCCUCCGAAUCAGAAACAAGCUGAUCGCCCUUCUCUCGCCGCGCUACCUAUAUCCAAGAGGAUCGCCGUGGUCGACAUGGCGCGCAUCAGUCCCGAGCUCCUCGCGCGUAUCAUGAUAGAGAUCGGGGUGCUACCAGAUCUGGGGGGCGAGUGCACGGCGUGCCAGUGCGGCACAAUGGAGUUGAAGCUUCGGGGCGGCCAGUCGGACAAGGACAUCCAGGGUGGGGAGGGGGAGCCCAUGGGUGCGCGUUGUACGGGCAUGGGCGUGCGUUGUUCGCCCAUCAAGAGGCGCGAGUCGAACCUCGACCCGAAGGGCCCUCUGAAGGAGUUGUUCAACAAGGGCUCCGUGAACACCACCCGCACCCUCCUCGCCAUCGCCCAUGCAGCAACCCAGCAUGCCUCGGGCUACGAGUCGUCGGACGAAAUGGCUGUGCAGGUGGGGAUAUCGAAGAAUGCAGCCCAGCGCAUCACUAGUGUCGUGCGGUCCAUCUGCGCCCGCGUUGCCAAGGCUGAGCAGGACGACUUUGUGUGGCCUCGCGGGUGCCUCGUUGAGGCCGACGAGGCGUCAAUGCGCGCUUGCCGCGUGACUUGCCCGCGAGAUUGUUGUGAUACGACGUGCGGCGAGCACCCUUUUGGGCGUUACCGCAUAUUACAUCACCGAUUCAUGUGCGUGUGUCCUCGGGGACAGCGCCAACUGGCGAUGUUUUUCGAGCUGCCCCAGCGGACCUGCGCCGCUGGGGGAAGCGGCGUUUCACUCAGUGGGCCCGAGUGCGACGAGAUCCUCUCUUGGGUUCUCGUGCCUGGCAAUUUCACGCUUUUGACGGAUGGCGCGGGCGCGUACCAGUCCGUAGCACCGAAAAGCCGUGCUGCUUACAGCGACAAGAGCAAAGACCCUCCUCGUUUCAAUGCUGACCGCUUCAAGCUGCAUUAUAAGCAUCUGAAGCUAUCGCACGGCAUAGUUUCUCACGAUGCAGAACAGUGGGCCGUCGUCGACCGCGUGCGCGUCGUGCGCCCGAACGGGCGCACCGAGACUCUUCAUUUGAAAAAAGGCACGCAGUGUUGCGAUGGCCUCUGGCCUGAGAUGCGCGACAGCAUCCCAGACAGCGUCCACACUUCAGACUGGGAGCGUUGCCGCUCGUACUUGUGGGCUUGGGUGUGGCGCAUGCGGAGGUCAGGCAACGACCUGCUCCAGGAGUUUGGCCAGUCUGUUCGCAGGGAGAGAGGCUGCAUGCAUUAA